GGAUUAUAACAGUUGUCUUGACAACUGAAUAAUUAUCGCUUACGUUUAUAUUUAAGGUUUUUCUUUGUUGAGCUUGUUUUCAUUUAUUAGAAAACCAUUAAUUUGAAAUAGAGAUGAGUGUUAAAGUAGAAUUCAUAGAAGGUGAUUACAUUGAACAGGACUUUACUAGAUCUGAAUCUAUCAAAGUGGUUAGGUUUCAGGAAAGUCUUACAAAAAGAAAACGUGGGCGCCCCAAAAAAAUAAAGACAGAGUCAGAGUGGGAGAUGGCAUCCCAAGGUGGUGAUACAACUGUUACAGUGGUCCCACAAACUCAAAUACUUCAGGUGAGCCAGCCAGCAGUAAGUGUUCAAUUAAGCCCAGAAAAUUCUGUAGACUCAUCUCAUUCAAUAACUGUAACAACUCAUCCUUCCAUACAGGAAGAAGGUGGUGUUUUGUCUUCUGGCGGGAAUUCUGAAGAAGGUAUUCAAGGACCAGAAUCAAGUCCUGGUCAUUACAUUACUGUAACAGCUUCUGAAGGUGGUGGUGAAGAUGUUACUCAUUCUUAUGUUCAAUAUAUAGAAAGCACUGGUGAACAGACAAUAUACACUACUUCAAAUGGCCAAAUGUACCCUGUUUAUACUGUUGGGGAGUCCGGGGCUAUGUAUACUCCAAGUUCUGGCCAAUAUUACAGUCCAGGCAAUACUACUCCAGUUACUUAUACUCAGGUGGCUAACAGCCUUAGUGGAGGAACUACAGGCCAGCUUAUCGGAAACACUGCAUACCUGAUUCAACAAGGAGUAGAGACUGAGAGUAUGAUUGCUAGAGCUAGCCCACAGGCUGUUUCAGCUGAUGUGGCUUACCUUGUAAAUGCCAGUGGUGGAGGAUCUCAAAUUUCUGAUUCCACACCUGAUUCCUCAACUACUGCUUCAAAUGCUCCCAACAUUGUUCAUGCUACUCGUGUUUCUCCUACUACAGUACAAUGGCUUUUAGAAAACUAUGAAACGGCUGAAGGUGUUUCACUUCCACGUUCUACACUCUACAAUCAUUACUUAAGACACUGUUAUGAAAAUAAACUUGAUCCUGUGAAUGCUGCAUCGUUUGGGAAACUCAUUCGCUCAGUUUUCUUAGGUCUUAGAACCAGACGUCUUGGUACAAGAGGGAAUUCUAAGUACCAUUAUUAUGGUAUUCGAUUGAAAGCUAGCAGCUCACUUUUAUGCCAGUCACAGGAUUCUGGUGGUGAAGAAGGAAGCUCGAGAGGUGGCAAGAGGUUUAGAGUUUCUCAAACUAAAUUGGAAGAACCCGUUCAAGCUACUCCUUUACAGGAGUACCUUGGAGAUAGUUCCCAAGCCAUACCUGAACUACCAGAAGUUGAAAUUCCACCAGGCCUUCCAUUACCACAUAUGUGUUCUCUUGAGGACAUUGAUACUUUUAGAUCUAUUUAUAGGGAGCAUUGUGAGGCUUUCUUAGAUGCAAUUGUAAAUCUUGAAUUUGCCACUAUUGAAACACUUUGGCGAGAGUUCUGGAGAUCUCAAGAAAAUACCAAUGGAGAUGAAUGCGAAGAAGAAAAGUAUCUUUCAAAAACAAAGCUUUUUAUGAUCUCCAAACUGAGACCAGUUCAGGAAUUUGUUAAGCGGGUCGAUUUUCUUUUCUACCAAAACUUAGUGCAAGUUCUUAUUCCAGAUGUUCUUAGGCCUAUUCCAAGCUCCCUUACUCAGGCUAUAAGGAACUUCGCAAAAGGCCUUGAAUCGUGGCUAUCUUCUGCAAUGGUUGGAUGCCCUCCUGACAUGGUUGAUAUUAAAGUAUCUGCUGUUUGUGCUCUAGGUCAGACAUUAAGAAGAUAUACAUCACUUAAUCACCUUGCUCAAGCUGCUCGUGCUGUUCUUCAAAAUUCUGUCCAGAUUAACCAAAUGCUAGCUGACUUGAAUAGGGUUGAUUUCCACAAUGUGCAAGAACAAGCAUCUUGGGUUUGUGAAUGUGAUGGGGGACUAGUUGCCAGGCUAGAGGCGGAUUUUAAAACAACGCUUCAAACUCAGAACUCUCUUGAAGAGUGGGCAUCUUGGCUUAAGGCUGUCGUUAAUUCAGUUCUGAAACCUUACCGUGGAAGGAGGGGUUUCUCUGCUGCUGCCAGGCAACUUCUGUUGAAAUGGUCAUUUUACAGUUCUAUGGUCAUCAGAGACUUAACCCUGAGAUCAGCUGCCAGCUUUGGAUCUUUCCAUCUUAUCAGGUUACUGUACGAUGAAUAUAUGUUCUAUCUAGUGGAACAUCAAGUUGCGAGUGCUACUGGUACUAGUCCUAUAGCAGUAAUGGCUACUAAAAGUUGUGGAUUAGACUACUCUGAAAGAAAUGGGAAUAAUAACAAUAACAAUACAAACAUUAAUAACAACAAAGAAGGAGAAAGUGAAAGUCUGACUAAAAAAAUGCGCCUUAGCUAACAAAGUGCAAUAUUAUCAUUAGGAAUAGGACAUAAGCUUGGUUGGUUUCCUUAGCUCAUCCUCAAUCGUCAUAGAAGAAAAAUAAUGAGUGGUUUUUUAAUUAAGAAGAGAAUUUACCUAACUGAGAUCUCAUUGUUUUUUUUGUUUUUUUUUAUUUAAUUAUUAGUUUAAGUUACAUAUUGAAUUUAUUUAUUUUAAUUAAUUUUUAUGUGUAUGACUCCGUCCUUGUUAAUUUUUAAGUUUUGCUCAAUAGUAAAAAAUAUAAUUAAAAAAAAGAGAGAAAAAAAAAUCAAUUUCUCUCUUCUUUCUAGUCAUUUGUUUGUCGUAAGGUGCUCUUUACCAUAAGUGUUUAUAUUUAUUGUCUUUUUGGUAUUUAUGAAAUAAUGAGUUUUUUGCACUGUGGAAUCACUCAAAUAGUGAUAUGACACUUUUUUAUAUAAGACAUAACACAAAAACGAGUAAAUAUUAAUGUAUUUUAAAUAAUUUAAAUAAUUACUAGACUAGCAUGGUGCAAUAAACAGCCAGACAGGGAGAGCUGUCACACUAUUAUAAUAACGUUAGGAAAACCUAGUUGGGAAAAUUGGUGUUAAAUCCUACACUUGAACUUAUUAAGUGUUCCUGACCUUGUUCUAUUAUAAUUGUUUGUAUUUGUCGACGUAUCAUUUGUGCUGUUAAGUAAGUGAACAUUGAAAAGGUAAAAACAGAAAUGAAAUCCUGGAUGAAAAAUUGUCCUAAUAAACUUCAAUAUAGAAAGUUUGGUUGGCUACAUUUGUCUAUGAAAAUUUGUAAUUAAAUUAAAGUUAAGAAAUAUUUGUGUGGAAUAAUAAAUAUUUAUUGUAGGAUAUGAUUAUUUUUUAAAACAAUUAUUGUCCAUGUGCCCUGCUUGUCUGUUUAUUAUGGAAUAAACUAAUUGUUGCUUUCAAUUAGUAAUGAUUGUAAAAUAAAAUUUUAAAAAAUAUAUUGGAAUUUCUUUCUAAUUUUACGUGUAAGUUUGUUGAUUUUUAUUAGUGUUAUAUAUUAUGUCACCUUAAGGUGCAUGUAAUCAAUCAGAUUAUUGAACAUAGUACGCAUUUUCAUAAUUUUAUAUUAAUAAGAAAAUAAAUAAUCUUUAAAAUUAUAACAAAUAAAUUAAAUGGAUUAUUAGCACAUUAACUAAAAUUGAGUUUAUUUAUCAACACUGUUAAUUUAUUUUUCUGUAAUCACUCCCCAAGUUAAAUAAAAGACAUAAACACAAACAUUUCUUUUGCAUGUAAUAUUUAAUAUGUAUAAGUGUUUGUAUGUAUAUUUAUUAAUUAUGUACAUUCAUUCAUACAUAUUUUUAAUUUAUGUGUAAUAUAUAAAUAUAUGUAUAUUUAGUGUAAUAAAAGAUACGGUACCAAGUAAAUAGAAG